AUGUCCAACUUGCCAUUGGAAGCCAUGCCUACAUCACGAUCAACAAGACCACGUUGGCGCGAUAAUUGUGUCGCCCGUGUCCACUCCGUUUGCCCCCAUGGCGCAUUCUGCCUCCUCGGAAACCACGCCAUGGCUAAUGGCGUGGAAUACACUCAGCUUGUCCCAAGAGCGCUCUCCUCAAACAAUAAACUCAUGAACAAGCUGGAGCGGUACUGGGGCAUGACGCGCCGCACUCUCAAUCUGGAUACUCGUUACAAUGUGUUCCCAUGCAGUAGCGGACUGCAUGUGUCGCAUGAUGCAUCUGAAUGGGGCCUGCUGCCUUUGGACAAUAUAGAUGGCCAUUUCUUGUACCGAUUUCUCCCUCUCCGCAAUAUGGAGACUGCCACUAUUACCCGCUACCUCCGUGUACCCACUGCAGAGGAUCCCCCACUGCGCCCUGAAGAUGUUGUAAAUCACUUCUUCCCUUUUGACUCCAUUCCACCUUUGAAGUCCCAUAUUCACCCCAAGUUCGCCAUUUUCGAGCUUGGACUUCAAGUCUUGCACUUGCCCUUAGAUGUGUACCGCUCACUGCUUACCACUACUCCAAUUAUAUCCUCCGUUCUUGACAUCUAUUAUGCUUGGACCAGGACUCCUCCCACUCGAUUUCUGGAGGACACAGUCAAGGAUGAUGAAUCGGGAGGCGAUGACGACGAUCCCAACGACGAAGACUGGAGUGAGGCUUCAACCAUUCAACGCCGAAUCAGCAAGCGCAAGUGCAAAACACCUACGCCACCUUCCCCCUCAGCUCGCCCAAAGAGGUCCCGCCCCAUGGGCGGCACCCUCCGUGCGAUACGUAGCUGUAUUCCUCUCAGCAAUCCGCCUCUGCGCAUCAAGGAGUGGGUCCACGGGACACAGCUGGCACUCGAUGCAGCAAACAGCAGGAAGUUGCUCAGUAACAGGAGAUGCCUGGAUGGGGAGAAGCCUACUACCAAGAAGCGCAAGAUCUCAUAA